ACUGUUCCUUUCCGGAUUGUGUGUGUUGGUCUUGUUUCUCAUCAUCUUAAUUUUUGUUUUUUUCAUUAAUUAAUUGUUCAUCAUUUGUGACAAUAUUUAUUGGCAUAUUUGGUGUCCAGUGAUAGUGUAACACCUCAGGACCCUCGUGAUAAUAUAAUAUUUGGGGGGUAAAAUAGUGGUGACAAUAAACGGAUUAUACAAAGGAAAAAACAAAAAAAAAAUUUUACACACAGAAAACAAAAUCAACACCAACAUCACAAGAAAUAAGUGUUACUCACAUUCUCUCUUUCUUGUCUUUCUUUUUUUUCCUUUCUUCCCUUUAUCCUCUUUCUUUCUCUAUAUAUUUUCUUCUCUCUUUUUCUUUCUAUCUAUUUUUCUCUCUCUCUCUUUCUCUAUCUAUCUAUCUAUCUAUCUAUCUAUCUCUUUUUCUCUUGUUGCUCUCUGUGUUGUGUGUGUGAGUGUUUGGGUUAAUCAACAAAUUGUGGGACACACACAAAAUGUCCGAUCCUGAGCCGGCUGCUGGUGGUGCAAAAGAAGAUAAACAAAAUCAAGAUGAUCAAGGUACCUCACAAGAAAAAUCAAAUGUUCAAUUAAAUAAUAAUCAACCACAACAGACGAAGCAAAUAACCUUGCCAGAAGAUGAUAAAAUGGCGGUGGUUAAUAUGUUUUCAGAUAUUGAAGAAGAGCCUAGAUAUGAGCCUGUUAAUGGAAUAGUGCAACCUCCAUAUCUACCCUCAGAGGAUAAACCCCGCCGUAAUACAAAUCAGCUUCAAUUCAUCAACCAAAAAGUAUAUAAAGCAGUUAACAAGCAUCAAUUUGCCUGGCCUUUCAAGACACCAGUGGACACUGUUAAAUACAAAUUACCAGAUUAUCAUAACAUAAUUAAGCAUCCAAUGGAUCUGGGUACAAUUAAGAAGAGGCUAGACAAUUUUUGGUAUUAUUCAUCUAAAGAGUGUAUACACGAUUUUAAGACUAUGUUUCAAAAUUGUUACACUUACAACAAACCGGGUGAAGAUGUGGUUUACAUGGCUCAAACAUUAGAAAAAUUAUUUAAUACACAAUUAAGGGAAAUGCCACCAGUGGAGGAAUCUUUAAACAUGCCUGCAGGUAAAGGUGCGGGUAGAGGUAAAAAAGGUCGUCGAGGUGCACCUAUUAGAGGUAGAGGUAUUUCUGUAGGUUCAUCUAAUACAUCGAUAGUUGGCGGAACAACUCCAUCCUCUAUAGCACCUUUAACUCCAUCUUCUUUCACCGACUCUGGUAUUGGCUCUGUCCAUGGAGUACCUGAGAAUGUGCUUGCAUCUCAGAAUGCUACACAGACAACAGUUAAUCAGAGUGUUGUUCCCCCUUUGACUGCCGCUGGUUCGUUAACUCCAAAUGUACCACAAACACUAGUUAACCAAAGCCCUUCAUUUAAUCAGACACCACAAAUUAGACCUCAGAGUGCAUAUAAUUUAAAUAAGCCUUCAACGCCAACUACUUCUUCAAAUCUAUUGGGGCCAUCAUCAGCACCAGGAGUCACAUAUGUACAACAUGUACCAUCAACAUGUCAAUUAACACCGGUACAAUCUGUCCCAAUCAAAACAAAAGGAGCAAAAGCCGCUAAAGGGGUGAAAAGGAAAGCGGAUACAACGACUGGUAUCUCAUCUUUUGACAACAGUUUCCCUCCAGUCAAUUACGAAGUCUCAACAAAAAUGUCCACUAGACGGGAAAGUGGAAGGCCUAUCAAAAAACCUUCCAAAGAGCUACCUGAGUGCGCACAACACGUUUCAAAAGCAAGGAAAGGAAAACUUUCCGAACAGAUGAAAUACUGUUCCAAUAUUUUAAAAGAAUUAUUCGCAAAGAAACAUGCGGGAUAUGCGUGGCCAUUUUAUAAGCCAGUCGAUGUCGUUUCUUUAGCUUUAUCCGACUAUUAUGAUAUAAUUAAACACCCAAUGGACUUGGGAACAGUCAAGACAAAGAUGGAAAAAAGAGAGUAUAAGAAACCAGAUGACUUUGCCGCUGAUGUUAGAUUGAUAUUCACCAAUUGUUACAAAUAUAACCCUCCCGAUCACGAAGUAGUUUUGAUGGCACGUAAGCUUCAGGACGUUUUUGAAAUGAGAUACGCCAAAAUGCCAGACGAACCUAUUAGAUCAUCUAAUGACGGUGGGGAUAGUACUGGUUCAAGUUCUAGUGGAAGCUCAUCGGCUAGUAGUUCGGAAAGUGAAAGUGACUCUGAAAAUGAAAACUCAGCAAAAUUAAAACAAUUGCAAGAAGAACUUAAAAAGAUUACCGAACAAAUUUCCGAAUUAACGCCAGUCUUAAUGAAAUCUUCUAAAAAGGAUAAGAAAAAGAAAAAAUUUAAAAACAAAUCUAAAAAGGAGAAACAUGGUGAUAGAAUAGAUUUUAAAAUGGAAGAGGUUGAUGCUCCGCCGACUUCUGGUCCAGUAGCCUCAACUUCUAGUGCUGGUGCAGGUCCCAUCAUUGAUAAUGCUCCAGUGCCAUCAACUUCGGGUAAAACCAAGGCAAGAAGUGGUGCAGCUGGAGCAGCCAAAACACCAGCAAACCAAAAACCAGUCGGACAACCAGCCAAGAGACAGCGGACCAAUAGCAAAGCUAAUAAGAAGGUUAAUAAAGCCGUACCUGCGUUUGAUAGUGAAGAUGAAGACAAUGCUAAGCCAAUGUCUUAUGAUGAAAAGAGACAGCUUAGCCUUGAUAUUAAUAAGUUGCCAGGUGAAAAAUUAGGAAAUGUUGUUCAUAUAAUUCAAUCUAGAGAGCCAUCUUUAAGGGAUUCCAAUCCAGACGAAAUAGAAAUAGACUUCGAAACUCUCAAGCCUUCAACGCUCCGUGAAUUAGAGGCUUAUGUUGCCUCUUGUUUAACGAAAAAACCCAGAAAAAGAUAUACAGCUCCCAAAAAAAAUAACGGAAAAACGAGAGGAGAACAAAUUGCAGAGAAACAACUAGAAUUAGAAAAUAAGAUGAAAAUUCUAUCGGGUAAAUUGAAUGAACCGACAAAUCCUAAAAAACAAAAGAAAGAUCCUUACGCUUUUACAGAUUCAGAGAAUUCUCAUGUGGACAAUAUGGGCUCACGAUUAAGCGCAAGUAGCUCAAGCUCAAGUGAUAGCGAUUCCAGUUCCAGUUCCAGUUCAAGUAGCUCAUCUGAUAGCAGUGAUUCUGAAUCAGAAUCAUCAUCAAAGAAGAAACCAACCAUGGUAGCUGCUGGUUCUAAAUCUGGUUUAAUGAAUGACCCAAAAAUGGGACCUUUAGUUCCUAAUCUCGGUUCAACAAGUACUCUGCCUGGAGCCUACGACGGGCUUUAUAAGCCAACCUCCAUGACUAUGGGUCACACCAAUUUCGGUCCACCUACAACUGGUCCUGGUGGACCUCAAGCUCCACAACCUACCCAACAGCAGCAGCAGCAGCAACAACAACAACAACAACAACAACAGGCUAAAAUAUCACCAAAUCUCGCCAAUAAUAACAGCAACUCAGUCAAUCCCUCCAAUGUUCCUUCUCAAUCUCAUCUUUUUGGUUACGCACCAACUGGGCUUUCCAUGAAUUAUGGGCCAACAGCAUCAGUUAAUCCAGUCCCUGAUCUCGCCCAGUCAACGUUUCCAACCUUGAAUGCAACUAAUCCGCCUCAGCAUCCAAAUGCUGUUGCUCCUUUCACUUCUUCUAGUAAACAUCCUGUUGUAGCAUCACACUCCAGCCUUCCUCAGAUGCCUUCGCGGCCCUCGACAACAGCGUCUUCUGCAGUAACAAAACGAUCUUCGAAUCAAUUACCUCCAACAUCAUCGCCUUUUCCAAUGUCAGGAGCAACUGGACACUCGUCGGCGGGUCCACCACCUCCACUAGCAAACUCAAUGCAAACACCGCCUCCCUUAAUAUCAACAGCGCCUCAACUAUCACAACCGCCAUCAAUGCAACAAAUUCAAUCACAACAGCAAAUGAAUUCUACUGGUGUUAAUCAAGGAUCAACUAUCAUGCAUAGUGGACAGUCAACUCCUAAAAUGUCCCAAUCACAGGCACCGACAACAAUACCUGGAGGUGCGAUCGGUGUUCCGCCUCAACGAUCACCAGCAACAAUCGAAACUCAUUCACAGCCUGUUAACCAAUCAGGUUCUAAGAGUCCUUUUGUCAACUCAUCAUCAUUAGAAGGCCCUUUGGUUGUUUCUCCAUCACUUAAUGAUAGAAAAGAAUUGAAUCGUUCCAGUCUUCCCCAAUCAGCAUCAUCAACACCUUCCACAUCUAAUUCGGCAAAUAAAUCGCUAUUGCAACCCAAUGAACCUAAGUUGAAAAGUUUAAGUCAAUGGGCAACAGUGGUCCAGUCACCUGUAACCACUGCUGCGAAUUCUGGUAAAUACGUGGACACUUUUCAAAAAUUUAAACAACAAGCAAAAGAGAAAGAAGAUCGUAGGAAACAAAUGCAGGAGGCGCAAGAAAAACGUCGACGCCAAAAAGAAGCCGAAGAUCGUGAACGAGCUCGUCAAGAGAAAGAAAAACAAAGGGAAAAGGAGGAGGAAGAAGCCCUUGAACGGGUUCGUCGAUCUCAAAUACCAGUAGCCGCUGGUUUGCCACAAAAUACUCCUCCAACUCCUCAACAUAUCGAUGCUCCCAUUGGUACACCUGAACCAUUGCAGCAAUUGGGAAGUGUUUCACCUUUCUCAGGUUCCUCGUCACCUUCAUCCAAUCAAAGUGCUAGAGAAAGAGAACGAGCAAGAUUACGAGAACAAGAAAGAAGAAAAAGAGAAUUACAGCAGGCGGGUCAAAUAGAUAUGAAUUUACAAAGUGAACUAAUGGCUAAUUUCGAGGAAACAUUAUGAUGAAUAAACGUGUUAAUCAAAUUAAAUGAUCGACAGUAACAAAAUGGAAAGUUACUGUCGAGAAAUGGAUUAACUUUCAAUACAUGCGAAAUCAGAAACUACUCAAGAUAAAUCUACAAACACCACAAACACCACACACACACACACACACACAACACCUAAAAGGACACAGAGGGAAAGAGAUAAAUCUAGAAAACAACAAAAAAAAAGUCGACAAAAACAAUCAGCAUCAAUUCGUGAAAAUCUAUAAAAAAAAUCAUCUUCAUGCAUUUUUACUUUCAUACUACAUGAACCUACACUCAUCUACACACUCACCACUCAGCCCAUUUGUCAACAUCAACAUCGUAGUUUUCAUCAUUGUCAUCGUCGUGAUCAUCUCUCUCACCCUUUUCGUCAACAUCUAACAUCAAUUUUCUGUCAAUUUUUGUUUUCUCUUUCCUUUUUCUAUUCUCACACAAUACACAAAGUUAAAACUUCUUUUGUGUCUCAUUAAUUUAAAUGAACAAAGCAAAGCAAGGACAUAAUCUCAUAUUCGAGAGACUUGAAAUAUUUGUCAACGAAAAUGAACAAAAACAGUUAAUGAACUUGAAAUGGAAAAAUUCAACGCAAGUGUGAAUAGAAAAACAAAGACAAAAAACUCUUUUGGAGAGAGAAAAAUUUUCUUAACAAAACUGAUCUUCUCUCUCUCUCUCUCUCCCAAAUGAAUAUCAUCAUCAACAUUCAUCAUAAUCGCUCUCCCAUAUUAUCAUAUUAUCACAACAUUUCUUCAUCUGCAACUCACACACACAAACAAUUUUCAUCUCAUCUUCUUUUCAACUUCUCAUCACAUCACAUCAACUUCCUCUCCUUUCAUCAUGCCCAAUGAUUAAUUGAAGAAAGAAACGAAAAAAAAAUUCGAAAAGAUGAAGAUAAAAGCCACUUCUUUACCCGUUCUCCCUUUUCGGUUAAACAACAAAAUCUUCUCAAGAAAUGGUUAAUGAAAAAAGAAAAAAAAAGAAAACCUUGUAUAUCUCUAAAAAAGAAAAACUAUUUUGUAAAUAGCGAAGACAUUAAAUUGGCAUGAACUAUGUCAGGAAAUCGCCACUAAUCAUCUUCCCCAUCCCCUUACUCUCUCAAAUGGUCAAUGUAAAAAGUUAUCCUAUUAAAUGACCUGAUCAACACUUUCAACAACAAAAGCCAAUAAAAAAUACCAAUCAUUUCAA